AUGUUAUACGUAUCGUCGCCCAACCUCGCCACAAACACGGCGACCCUCCAGCAAGAGAUCGCCAUUGUACAAACCAAACUCCACGCGGCCGGCCUCGACCUCGACGUUGAGAAAUCGGAGCUCAUGCACUUCACAACCAAACGCAACCCAGCGCGCCCGAACGUCGUCAUCCAGGGCGAAGGCGAAGGCAGCACACCCACCACCAUCGAGCCAUGCGACACCAUGCGCUGGCUUGGCAUCUUCUUCGACCGCAAACUGCUCUUCAACGCGCACGUCAAGGAGAUUGCUGCUCGGGCCGAACGUAUUACGCUCGGCUUGAGCAUGCUCGCCAACACGAUCCGCGGCCUCCCCCAAGCUCGGGUACGACAACUCUACAUCGCCUGCGUACGCAGCGUGAUGUCGUACGCGAGCCCAGUCUGGUGGACCGGGAAGAAGACCCACGCCAACCUACUAGAACGCGUACAGAGACGCUGGAGUAGUGAGGGCAAGAGGGUCAGCCACGUGACUCAGGGGCUCAUCCCAAUGUAG